GACCAUCUUCUCGGAGUCAAACGCUCAAACUAUUGUGCUUCGAUUACUUGUACAUUUAAGCCGCCCAAGGCCCUUCAUCUUCCCGACGGUUCGAGAAACCACGAUGUUUCUGUAGACAGAAAAACCCUAAGAAUUUCUCGAAAUUUAAAUACCAGAAUAUUAGCAGAACGAUUCUUAGUUUUUGUUGGUUAGGGGUCGAUUUGAGAGCAUCAAUCGUAAAAAACAAGUUGCGAUGGGGAUCAUAAGAAGCAGUUUCUCGUUUAUAGUAGGGACGGUGUCUGGGAUUUACAUUGCUCAAAACUAUAAAGUUCCGAACAUCAAGAAGCUCGCUAACGACGCGAUUAUCAUGGCCAAGCGCACUGAAGAGACGUAUCGUAAGCCCAAGAAGAGAGACAAAGAAGAUUAGUUGCUGCUUAACGACGCCGUUUUGUCAACCAAGAAAGCUCUAAUGGCCUGAUGGAACAUUGUCAGUGUUGAAGCACACAUCGACAGACUUCUUUUGAAGAAGCCACAUUUCUCGUUGCUUUUAAGCCAUGUAUUGUAUUCUUGGGUAUCUAUCAGUGGAGAAAGUGUAAAUGUAUAUACAAGUAGUUGCUAUACCAUCUUCACUAAUUCAAAUAUCCGAAUGUAUUUUCUUCAAUCAUUUGCUGUGCUAUAGUCUUAAAUAUCAAUUCAUGUAGCAGUAGUGCCCAUACCUAAUCCCAUUGCACCCAACAACCUGUUGUUAUUGUGUUUCUAAAUUCAUUGAUGUAGUUUUUAUAUCGCGGGCCAUAGCACUAUUUUUACAUUUGGGUUAAGGUCUCUAUGUUCUAUUCAUCAUGACCAAUGUGAUUCAGAAAAUAGCUGAUUCCCGAAAGGCAUUAUUGUUUACAAAACCCAGUUUCAUGUGAAGGAUGUAUGCUUAAAAAAUGAACAAAUACCUGGCAUAACCCCUUUCCGUAAGUUGAUUUGAUCGAUGGAAUUUGGGGACCUCAAUUACCAAUUAUAAGGAUCAUACUAUGUAUGUUGGAUCUCUGGCAUGCAGAAACUCCAAUAUCUCUGUUUGAAAUAAAAAAACUGGUAUAACACUCUUAAAUUGAUUGAUGGAUUUUGUUUCAUCCUUAAUUACACAUAGGUGGCUAGGAGAGUACAUAACUGAGGUAUUAAGCUUGUAUUUUAUGAAUUUCAUCCCACUUCUAAGCUUUUAUGUGAAAGGAGUUUCUCUUUCUUUAGACUCAUUCACUUUAUCUCAUGUUUCAUGGUAAGCCUCUGACUUAUAAACAUAUUUGUCUUUACGUAUCUGGUUCAAUAGAAAUCAAGUUGUUUACUUCCCAUUUUAUGCUGGGUUGAAAAUCUAAAGUAUUGUAACCUGUUU